CCUUGACGUACCGAAAACGCCAAACGCGGGAUUCAUCAUGGCGGAAGACUCGAGAUUAAACUCAGCAGAAGGAGGUAACAGGACACUUCAGGAGCAGCGUCCACUGAAGAGGAGGCACGAUGAAGACGAGGACGAGGCUUCAUCUCCUAAUAAAAAGCUGGACACGGGGGAAGGCCACAGUCAGAAGGUGGCAACACACUACAACGCUCUGCAGGAGUGCGGCCUGGAGCAGCGAAGCAGGAGCCGAAUUGUCCACAUGCGCAACUUCAACAACUGGCUGAAGAGUGUAUUGAUCGGUGAAGUCCUGGACACAUUGCGGUGUGACAGGAGGGAGGUGUGUGUGCUGGAUCUGGGCUGUGGGAAAGGAGGAGAUCUGCUGAAGUGGAGGAAGGGACGCAUCAGCCGGCUGGUGUGUGCAGACAUUGCAGCUGUGUCAGUAGAACAGUGUCAGCAGCGUUACACUGACAUGAAGAGGAGGAGUCACCCUAACGAGCGCAUCUUCACUGCUGAGUUCAUCACUGCUGACUGCUCCAGGGAGCUGCUGAGUGAGAAGCUGAGUGACCCUGAGAUGCAGUUUGAUGUGUGUAGUUGUCAGUUUGUGUAUCAUUACUCCUUCGAGAGCCAGCAGCAGGCCGACACCAUGCUGAGGAACGCCUGCGAGAGGCUCCGCCCUGGGGGAUUCUUCAUCGGGACCACGCCCGACGCCUAUGAGCUGGUGAAGCGUCUAGAGCAGUCGGAUUCCAACAGCUUCGGGAAUGAGGUGUACCGCGUGACCUUCCAGAAGAAAGGUGACUAUCCGCUGUUCGGCUGUCAGUACGACUUCAACCUGGAGGGAGUUGUGGACGUGCCGGAGUUCCUGGUGUACUUCCCACUGUUCGUGGAAAUGGCGAAGAAGUACAAGAUGCGUCUGGUGUAUAAGAAAACUUUCCAUCAGUUCUUUGAGGAGAAGAUCAAAGAUGAGAGGAACAAGAGUCUCAUGCAGAGGAUGCAGGCUCUCGAGCAAUACCCUGUGGAGGACAGAGGCAGGUUGGCGUGUGACAGUGUGAAGGAGUAUGAACACGCCGAGAGGAGAGCACAGAGCACCGGGGUCUCACUGCCACUGGGGACGCUGUCCAGGUCAGAAUGGGAGGCUACAAGUAUCUACCUGGUGUUUGUGUUCGAGAAGACGGCCUGAACUGCAGUGACCUCAGGAACGUCCUCUGGAUUUCUUUUUUCUCUCUCUCUCUCUUUUUUAUUUUUUUUUAAUUUUUUUUUUAAUUAAAUCACUUCUGUACAAGCUGGGCAAAGCUGCUAAGUUUCAUUUUCACACAUGGCUACUAAAGGUGUGUGUGUGUGUGUAUGAGGUGUGUGUGUGUGUGUAAAGCAUUUGUAUGUAGUGGUUUUCAUUCUUUCAGUAACUGUGUUUAACUAGUGAUGAACUAGGACACUGAAAGUGUGAAGACGUGUACGGGUGACAUGUACAGGUAGCGCGUACGGGUGACGUGUACAGGUAGCGUGUACGGGUGACAUGUACAGGUAGCGUGUACGGGUGACGUGUACAGGUAGCGCGUACGGGUGACGUGUACAGGUAGCGCGUACGGGUGACGUACAGGUAGCGUGUACGGGUGACAUGUACAGGUAGCGUGUACGGGUGACGUGUACAGGUAGCGCGUACGGGUGACGUGUACAGGUAGCGCGUACGGGUGACGUGUACAGGUAGCGCGUACGGGUGACGUGUACAGGUAGCGCGUACGGGUGACGUGUACAGGUAGCGUGUACGGGUGACGUGUACAGGUAGCGUGUACGGGUGACGUGUACAGGUAGCGUGUAUGGGUGACGUGUAUGGGUGACGUGUACGGGUAGCUUGUACGGGUGACGUGUACGGGUAGCUUGUACGGGUGACGUGUACAGGUAGCGUGUAUGGGUGACGUUUACAGGUGACGUGUACAGGUAGCGUGUAUGGGUGACGUUUACAGGUGACGUGUACGGGUAGCGUGUAUGGGUGACGUGUACGGGUGACGUGUACAGCUAGCGUGUAUGGGUGACAUGUCCGCUCCAGCAGCCGACCAAUCAGCAGCUUUGCUUCACCUUUCAUACACAGACACAAGAAACACACUUUCUUUUUUUUUCUCCUCACUUUUAAGGAUUUUUUUGCUUUUUGAUUAUUUAUCAUUCCUUUCUUCUUCUGUCAUCUUGCUUUCUUUCAUUAUAUUGUGUUAAAUAAAAUGUUAGUUUUCUUUCUUUCUCUAAACAUCCUUCCCGUCACCCAGUCUCUUCAUAAAAAAGUAUUUUUUUCCUUUAUAUUAUACAUUAUAGGUAUUACCUUUAGGUUUUAUUUCCUCACCUUUUCCUCAAGUUUUCUUUCUUUCUUUCUUUCUUUCUCUCUCUUCUUUUCUAUUCUAUAUGCAUGUCCUUGGGCACGGCUGUGGGCGUGUCCUUGGGCAUGGCUGUGGGCGUGUCCUUGGGCACGGCUGUGGGCGUGUCCUUGGGCACGGCUGUGGGCGUGUCCAUCAGACUAACAGAGUAAUAAUUUUCAGUCCUCAGUGAAGGCGUUAUUCUCUCCACUUCCUGUCAGCUCCUGCAGGUGGAUUUCCCGCCGUCUCGCUGUGGAAAACCUCCAUCAGGGCCGAGUUCACACUUACUCCAUAAACAUUCACUUCUGUUUCUAACAAUAUCAAUGUUAUUUCCUCUCAGCUGCUCUGCACACUAACGAGCUCAUUACCCUGCACUCUCUCUCUGUCUGUCUCUCUCUCUCUCUCUCUGUCUCUCCCUCUCUCUCUCUCUCUCUCUCUCUCUCUCUCUCUCGGCUUUAAUCAGUUAUGUAACUCUGGCUCUGGGAGAAUCACUGAUAUAUAAUUACACUCUUUAAUCAGCUCCUGUUUCUGUGUGUUUCUUCUCUCUUCCCCUGACUUCCUGUCAGACGGUCAUUAGCAUUAGCGUGUGUCCAUCAAUGACAUGACCUUCAGCGUUAGCUCAGUGUCAGGAAGAACGGGAAAAGUUUGUGUGUGUGAAAGAAAGACGGAGUGAGAACGCCUCGGCUCUGAGAAUCCAAUCCUGCUGAUGGAGAGAUUUAAACACGGAGAGAAAAAACUCCAUCAUAUACCAUCUGUCUCUCUCUCUCUCUCUCUCUCUCUCUCUCUCUCACUCACACACGGAGGUUUACAGGUCUCUUCUUUUUUUGUUAGUGGUUGAUUGUUGAUGUUCUGCUGUUAGUCACUUCGUUUUCUAAAAAAGACGAGUUUAAAAUCGAAAAAUAAACACAUGAUGAAAAGA